AUGGGACUUUUCAUCCUUUCCGUUCUAGCAGGGUAGCAGAACGGACCGUCUUUUUCGUACGCUUACCCUGGACAUGUACAAAAACGGCGUGGCAGCAGAAGAAAUUGUUUAAAUCGUACUCAAACUUCACGGAAAUCGGUGCGCCGUUGAGGAACGGGUGGUUGUAAUCUUUUCCGAGCAGCGAGAAAAGCCGCCCCUGUACACGAUGGGACGUGGCCGACCGAGGAAGGAUACGCCGGCCGAGGGCGAAGGUCCAGCGGCAAAGAUGCAACGGACGAAGAAACUCGAAAUUCCGCUGGCAACGCUACCCAAGCUAUCCGGGAACGUGCUAGCCUGCGGUCAGGGUGAGAUGGGUCAGCUCGGUAUGGGGGAAGACGUCAUGGAGAAGACGCGACCCGCCGUCAUCGGGCUCUCGGACGUGGUGCAGAUUUCGGCCGGCGGUAUGCACAAUCUAUGCCUCACGCGGCACGGCACGGUGUACUCGUUCGGAUGUAACGACGAAGGUGCGCUCGGCCGCGACACGUCCGAGGAGGGUUCCGAGUUUGAGCCCAAGCAGAUCGAUCUGCCCGGGCAGUGCGUUAAAAUUUCGGCCGGCGAUUCGCAUUCCGCCUGUCUGCUGGACGAUGGACGCGUGUACGCGUGGGGUUCCUUCCGGGACUCGCACGGAAACAUGGGCCUCACGCUCGAGGGCAACAAACGGUUGCCGAUCGAGGUGCUGCCGGGCAACCGGUGGGUGGAUAUUGCGUCCGGCUGUGACCAUCUGGUGCUGCUGUCCGACAUCGGCCACAUCUACACGGUCGGUUGUGCGGAGCAGGGCCAGCUCGGUCGCGUUUCGAUCCGGGCCGCGUCCGGCGAAUCGCGGCGCGGCAAAACACAGCUCCUGCAGCCGGGCAUCGUGACGCGUCGGGGCAAAAUGAUCGUAGCCGAAGCGAUCUGGGCCACCACGUACUGUACCUUCUACAAGGACUACCAGACGGGGCGGAUAUUUGCGUUCGGGCUGAACAACUACUGCCAGCUGGGCAUACCGAACCCGAGCGAGAACGUCGUGAAGCCCGUGUUCGUGCCGGAACCGACGAGCUUCGACGAGGUGGUCCAGAUUGCCGGCGGUCAGCACCACACACUCGUGCUAAAGGCCGACCACAAAGUGUACGCCAUCGGACGGAAGGAGUACGGCCGGCUGGGACUGGGCGAUGACGUUACGGAAGACGCGAAAACGCUACAACCGGUGGCGGCACUCGGCGACAAGAAGGUGGUCAGCGUGUGCUGCGGCGAGAGUACGUCGUUCGCCGUGACGGACAAGGGCGAGCUGUACGCGUGGGGCAUGGGUUCGAGCCUGCAGCUAGGGACGGGGCUGGAGACGGACGAAUCGAAACCGGUGCUCAUCGCCAGCAAGCAGGUGGCCGGAAAGGUGAUCCUCAAAGCGUCCAGCGGUGGUCAGCACAGUUUGUUCCUCGUGCAGGAAACGCCGACCGUGACGGAAAAAGCGCCAACGAAAGCAACAGCCGCCAGCAAAAAGACGAAACCAGAAGCUGCGAGUACGUCCAAUGGUCAGGCGAAACGUUCCGAAACGAAGAAUGGUGAUGAACCAGAGGCAGCUGGCAGCAGUUCUAGUGCAGCCGCAGACAGCAAACCUACCACCAAUGGCGCAGCCGAGACGACGGAAGCAACCGGAAGCGACGAGAAAGCUGCACCAGCAAAAACAGCGGGCGGUGGUGGUAGGAAGCGAAAAUUACAGUAAAAUGUAGCAUAAGGGGUGUCGUACACUACUUCUUUCUGAGUAGGAGCAGGGCAAACGGUUAGGUUUAGAUAGCGCUGACUUUAAACAUAAACGUGUUAGAUUAACGUUCGUGCCGUGUUAAUAUUUAUCAAAUCAUCAUUUUAGUUAAGCAAGUUGCAGCAACCAAUCAUCAUCUAGGUGUCAUUAUUUUCUUUCCUUUUUACAUGUUUUUCGUUUACGUUUAACACUGGCGCCGCCUCUCCACUGAGUUUCUUGUUUUUGUUUCUCGUUAUCUGUUAGCUAAUGUGUUUUUUUUUCUUUUAAAAUCUUUUCUCCCUCUUUUUCCCGUCCUUUUUGUGGAUACUUUUCUCUAACAAAGUACAAAGAAACUAAUUGCGCCAAUCCCUCUCCUAUUUCAUUUCCAUUCACAUACUACAAACAGCUCAUCCAUCACAAUUUGGUUAAUGUUUUUACUCCAUGGGAGUAGUAUUCUAGCGAUAAUGGAUGGGAGAAAGAGUAUUAUUUCCCUUAUCUUUAUCUCUCGGGCCCAGUUCACAUGGUGCGUUGACGAAGGUGGGUGGUAGUAGUGCACCGUUUAUAUUUUAGGCAGCAAAAGACACACGGGAGACACACGAUAAAUGCAUAAGUGCCACUAAUGCGGUCUGCACAUUCACACACAGUACAGUAAGGAUAGAAUUUUAGGCAAAUGUUGAUAUUUUGUUUUUGCGCCAAUUUGGAACGGCGUUUACGAGGGAAAGAGGGGAUCUCUUACGCAGGGAAAUUGAAAUCGACUGAGAAAAGAAGCAAAUAAACAAUAAAGAAUUUGAUGAAGACUAAACUAUCAAGAA